AUGUGGAUGCUUGUAGCUGUCAGGGUCCAGGAGAGAUCUUGCCCAAAGCGUUGGUUGCCCUUGGAGUCUAUGGCGGUGGUGUGGGGGUUGGUUGCCCUUGGAGUCUACGGCGCUGCUGCGCAGGCCACUCUGUGCGCCAGCGGUUGCUCUGACUCUUGGCCUGGAGACGGCAUUUGCGACGAUGCGUGCAACAAUGCCGCGUGCAACUACGACGGUGGUGACUGCGCGGCGGGCUCCACUACUCAAGGGUCGGGAAGUGUCGCUCUCUCUGGACUUCCGGAGUUGGCUCCUGGUGGCUUACAGUGUGUGGUUGAUAUUGGCAAACAGCUAGCUAACCCGGCAAGCGCGUGCUCCCUGGACUUCAUGCAGACCUGUGCAUCCACCGGCAUUUUGAAGGCGGGGAAGAUCGUGAACUUCCUGACGGUGGCGAACCCAGAGACAACAUGUGGCCUGCCGGAGUCGUGCCAUGGACCUACAGGCUAUGAGUUUCUUUGCUGCGCCGCCUCAGACGCCGGCUGUCUCAGCGUGAAUGUGGUAGCUGUGGUGGCAAUUCUUGUUGUCGUCUUAUUGCUCCUCACGCUUUGCAUUGUCGCCUGCUGCUGCUGCUGUGGUUGUUGCGCCAGCAGCCAGAAGGUCCAGGCCUAUGCGUGGGCCCAGCCAGCGCAAGCUGGCCAGCCACAACCCCAACCACUUGGACAUGAGCAGGGCAAGGGCGCGCCAGCCUGA